UAACUCAGCAUUCGAUCUUAGACAGACGCAUUCCCAAUUGGCAUAUUUGUGCCUUCUUCAAUUUCUUGAUAACUUCUUCUUUAGUGGGCUAGCAGAUCCUAGAAAAUCUACCAAGCCAAGAAGAAAAAAGAAAGAAAAAAGAAAAGAAAAAAUUCAUUACAAUGAGGUUUCUUUGCUUACAUGGUAUGGGCACAAGCGCCGAGAUAUUCGAAACUCAGACAGAUCCCCUUCGGCGAGCGCUAGGCAAGAGCCACGAUUUUGAAUUCUACGAAGGUGACUAUGAAGUCCAAGCCGCACCAGGAAUUGACGAGGUCUUCAACGCUGAAGUCUAUAAGGCCUGGUACGACCCAGCCCUAGGAGCAUCAACACACCGAAAAGCCCUGGAGCUUCUUUGGAACAUCAUAGAAGAGGACGGCCCGUUCGACGGCUGCAUCGGCUUUUCCCAGGGCUCAGCCCUUCUCGCAUCCCUACUACUCUCCCACCAAGCCCACAACCCCUUCUCCCUGCCCCCGUUCCGCCUCGCCAUCUUCAUAUGCGGCAGCAGUGCCCUGAGCGUGUCCGAAGCAGACGGGAAAUGGAGCCGCAUCGACCCGCAGGAGCUCGAGCGCAAGAACCUGCGGAUAAAGAUCCCCACCGUCCACAUCUUUGGGCUCAAGGACCCCGCGUACCAGGAGAGUCUGAACUUGAAGAAUAUGUGCGAUCCAAGAAAAAGGUUGGAGUAUGCGCAUACGAGUGGGCAUGAUAUCCCAAGAGCGAUAGGGGUUACAAGGGAUAUGGCGAGGGUUGUGCAGAAGGGGAUAGAGAGGGCUAUGUGUGGGCAUUAGAACCCCUUUUAUGAGUUUGGGCUUGAAUUGUAAUAUACUAGGUUACCUACCUACCUAGCCUAGUGUAGUCAUAUACCUGCAUUCGCAAC